UCCAAAUCUCAGCCACAAAAGCUACAAUCAGUAUUCAUUGAUCACUAUUUGAUAUAUCAGAACACCAGUGCCACAGAGAGAGAGAGAGAGAUAAUUAUUGCAGUAAUGGCAUCCUCAGCAGUUAUAGGUUCACUUAGUCUGAAGCCAUCUCCUUUCACUGUAGACAAGUCAGCAGCAGUGAAAGGCUUACCCUCUCUUGCAAGAUCUACUGCUUCUUUAAGAAUUGUGGCCAGUGGUGGCAAGAAGAUCAAGACUGAUAAGCCCUAUGGAAUUAAUGGAACCAUGAACUUGCGUGAUGGCCUUGAUGCAUCUGGAAGGAAGGGUAAGGGAAAGGGGGUGUAUCAAUUUGUUGACAAAUAUGGAGCUAAUGUUGAUGGGUACAGUCCUAUCUACAACACUGAUGACUGGUCUCCAAGUGGUGAUGUUUAUGUUGGUGGAACUACUGGGUUAGCAAUAUGGGCAGUGACCCUAGCUGGGCUACUUGCAGGGGGUGCACUUCUUGUGUACAACACCAGUGCUCUGGUCCAGUAGAGCCUAUCUAUCUACUUGGCUAGCCACACUCUUAUUUUGUAUUGCAAUACCUGUGUAAUAUUUUGUAUGUCAAUUCUCAAUUUUUUUUUCCCUCUGUUGUCUUCUCA